AAAAAACACAGAAAUAAACAAACAGCGCGAGUACAAAAAAAAUCGUUAUAUUUAUGAGCAGAUUGAUGAUUUGAAUUCAGAACGUUUUUUGCUGUUUUCAAGACAAAUUAAAUCAAAACUUCUUAUCUAACAACAUGUCUUUGGAUGAACAAUUUACUGCUGCCGCUGAACGCGUCAAGACUUUGACCAAACGUCCCACCGAUGAUGAAUUCUUGCAAUUGUAUGCUCUCUUCAAGCAAGCCACCGUUGGCGAUAACACCACCAGCAAGCCCGGUAUGUUGGAUUUGAAAGGCAAGGCCAAAUGGGAAUCGUGGAACAAGCAACAGGGCAAAUCCCAAGAAGAUGCCAAAAAAGAAUAUGUUGCCUUUGUUGAAAAACUUGUAGCCCAAUACGCUUAAAUCUAGUAAAUUUUGUUCGGUUAAUUAUUGUAUACUUUUUUUUUAUAAUGUAAUGUAAUUCUAUUUAAAUAAAACAUGUAAACUCCA